AUGACAUCUCUCUUAAUCCUCAUGACUUUAUCAACUAAAGACUUCCUAAUUUCCUAAAGCACCACCAUUCUUUCUCAAACUUUCACCAAAACUUCAAAUAAAUGGGGUUUCUUGAUCUUGAAAAAAACUUUGCCUUUUAUGCAGCUUAUCACAGCAAUCCAGUCAACAUUGCAAUCCACAUGAUCUUUGUGUGGCCAAUCUUUUUCACCGCUGUUCUUCUUUUCAAUUUCAUACCAGCCCCAUUCGAUCUCCCUCAUAUCCAUUUUUCUUUAUUCCAAACUGAUUUUUUCUUGAUUUUUAAUUUUGGGUUUUUGUUUACUUUAAUCUAUGUUGUGUUUUAUGUAUGUUUUGAUUAUAAAGCUGGUUCCUUGGCUGCUGUACUCUGUUUAUUCUGCUGGGUUGCUAGUAGUGUUCUUGCAACUCUUCUAGGGUUUCAAUUGGCAUGGAAGGUUGUUCUUGUUGUGCAAUUGAUUUCAUGGACCGCACAAUUUAUUGGGCAUGGACUAUUUGAGGGAAGAGCACCGGCUCUUCUUGACAACAUUUUGCAGGCCUUCUUGAUGGCGCCGUUCUUUGUUUUGUUUGAGGCACUUCAGAUCUUAUUCGGGUACGAACCGUAUCCAGGAUUCCACGUUCGUGUUACAUCAAUGGUAGAUGUUGAAACCGAAGAGUGGAGGAACAAGGAGGCCAAAUUACUAGCUUAGUAUAUAAUCAACUUGUCAUUAGUAUCAUGCUAAUAAUCUUUAAAGAACGCGAUUAGCUUCUUACGAACGUUCCGAAACUUUAAUCUUUAAUCCACCCCAUCAAUAGAAUUUGCAGGUAUACUAGUUGAAACAAACAUUGUUUACGGUUCAGGUCAGGUUGACCCGUGACAUUUUUUUUUUUACUUUGGAGAAACAUUGUUUAAGGUUCAGGUCAGGUUGACCCGUGACAUUUUUUUUUACUUUGGAACUGGUUAAAUUCUUUUAACUUUGGAAACUUACAGAUAAA